AUGGCGAAUGGCCCGACAAGUCAUGCACUACGACCGCCGUCCCGCGUUCUUGUGCCAGCGUCGUGGUCGCCUCGGUGCCGCGUCCUUCUUGGCGUCGCCUACCUCGCGCUAUCCAUGGGCUGCAGUCUCUUGUACGUGCAGGUACUGACCGUGAGCUUUGCUAACGAUCUGUGGUGGUCACACUACAAUGCGACGGGCUACGAAGCUUUUCUUGUCGACGUGGCCAAUGACGCGCUUCAGACGCGACCCAAUGGCGCCUUGGACGUUCUCCAUGCGCCAAUGGACAAGCGCUACAGUGCCGACGCGUCGACAACGACCUUUUUUGCGACGUACGCGCGGCGGCUCGCGCUCGUCGAGCUCACGACGCUCGAGUACGCGGUCACAAAUCUCCGAGCCCUUGGCGCGCUCUGGGUGCCCUACAUGAAUGUACAGCACUGCUGGGUGGACUUCAACCGGACGUUCGAGGUUGCCCACACGACUGCGCGGCAAGAACGCUGCGAGCGCAACUACCGGCGCAACGCAGCCGUGUACCUCGAAGCCACACUGCGCAACGUUGUCUGGGAUGACUUUAUCGCGACAUGGGGUGGGGCCAGCGGGAUGUUUACGAUAGCCAUCCAGCUCGCGCUCGAAGAGACCGCGGCGGGGCGGCGCUGGCUGCAGAGCACAGCGACAGCACGCGCCAGCACGCGCGUCGACGCCGAAGUCGCCUAUUGGUCGGCGCACCACCUCGUGCGCUUCCAGCUCAAUUAG